GUGAAAUUCCCGCCUCGCCAGUUCUGAUGACCGGCUGAUUGACUGACCAGUCUCUCGAGUGCACGCAGCCCUGCGGAGCGGGGCGUGCAUGCGCAGACGCACCACUGCACUGCAACCCGCAAGCGACAAGAGAGGGUUCGUCCUCUCCGUGGCCGCCGGCAGUUUGCUUGACUCUUAUGGCCAUCCCUUGGUCGGUCCAUUCCAAUUCCCAUUUGGCUCGCGUGUUUCCUCGUCUUGUCUUCGAUCCAUCCGUCCAUCCAUCCAUCCUGGCCUGACCUGCGGGCCCACACCAGCCCACCAGCCCACCUCCUCCCCCAAAGCUAUCUCUCCCCUCCAAAUUGUUGAGCCCGGUUGGGCUUCGACACUGCCAGCCAGCCAGCCAUAUCUGCAUUGGCGCUGGCAUGACGAGAUAGGCAUAGCUUCAAAGAACGUCGACGACACAGACACAGCACAACGAGACACACAACAUUGUACGAACACGAGCACGCUUCUUCCCAGCCUUCCCAGCCAUCCCAGCCAUCCCAUCUCUUCCUCACGACUCCGCCGCACGCGUUUUCCAACCCGUCACCACACCCUUCCAAAGAGACGCCCACACACCACCAUGUCGGAAGACGGCGGCCCACAGCUCUUCCGGCCCAUCCCCCGCCGGCCCUUUGAGCUCGGCCUGAUGAGCCCUACCCCGCCGGACGACGACUCCGCCCCGCCCAGCCCGUCCUCCAACAACGCGAUCCCGAACGCGAGCACCAACGCGAGCACCACCGCCGGCAGCCACGGCCCGCCCUCCUCCCUGCUCGACCCGCGCGCCUUCGCUGGGCCCGCGGGGGACUCCAUCAGCCGCGCCGCCUCCUACAAGAACCUGACCAGCUCCACCCUCGCCGGCAUAUACUCGCACAACGUCUCGGGCUACCCGCCAGGCGACAAUGUCUACGGCUCCGAGCCCCCGGACACCCCCUGGGGCACCGGCGCCGAGACCCCCGCCACCCCCGCCAGGGGCUCCGUCGACGAGAGCAUAUACAGGCUGGUCAAGGACCGCUCCUCCCUGCUCAAGAGGCGGAGGUCCUCGGCCCUGCCCGCACGCCCGGGCAGCUCGCUCCAGCAGCAGCAGCAGCAGCAGCCCUCCCCGACACAGGCGGCCCUGUCACUCGCGCUCCGGACCACCUUCCUCUUCGUGCUGGGGCUGGGCUACGGCGCUAUCCUGUCGCGCCUGUCCACGGAGCAGCAGUGGGCAUCGUUCCCCGUCGAGGGCAUCAUAAGGCACCGCUAUAACUCCGCAUACCUCGCCUGCUGGGGUGUCUUCGGCGUCGCCCUGGGCAGCCUGCUCCCUUGGUUUGACGGGAAAUGGGAGCAGGCAUUCGAGAAGUCAAGAGACGAGCACGAGGACGAUUUCGAAGACGGGGGGGAAGGGCCGGGCACCGACUGGGCUCUUGUCGUCCGUGGUGUUGGCGCCUUUGUGGGCAUUGUCUUCGCCAUCAGAAAAGUUCCAUGGGCAUCCACGAUGCAGGUCUCCAUGACCCUGUUCAUGGCCAACCCAUUCCUGUGGUACCUGAUUGACAGGUCAAAAUCAGGGUUCCUGCUGUCCGCCGCUGUGGCCUGGGCCGGCUCGGUCGUCCUGGUCGGGCUCAACCCAGAUAUCGUCCCUGCACCUUCUGGGUUCUCGUCAGAGUUUCUCAGCCGGAACCACACGGGCAGCGCCGGUGGCGAACCGCUGAUGCUCGGCGGACUGGCUACCCAGAAGACCAUAGAGACGGGGAUCUGGGUGCUAAGCGUGCUGUUCUGCAGCUGUGUCUGCUUUGGCAACAUCGGCAGGCGGCUGGCUCUGAACAGGUCAGCAGCCGGUCGUGGUAGAUGGGGUGGGCUGAAAUAGAUGCGACCGGUUGGCGUUGCUGUACGCCCACUCAUGGGUUGGUUCCUGGCUGGCUCUGACAUAUCUGGAUUGCCGGCUGCUAGUAUUAUGGUAGAGUUUGGCUACACUUAAAAAGUACAAAUUGCAUUGUGGUCGUCAAAGACCAGUACACUGAAUGGGCAGAGCCUCAGUUACCACGUGUUGCUGCGGGUGAACAAAAACGCUUUGCCGUAAUUCGGAGCAGCUGGGUGGUUAGUGUUGGGUAUGCCUUGGUUGGCUUAUUUUUCCACUUUUCCCAGAUCAUCACAAGAGGUCGACGGUGAUCACCACUCGCAUCUAUCGAGGAGGGUGUGUGAUCAGAAGGUAUGCAAACGCUGUCUUCAAUUGCUGGCUUAUUCAUCAUCGCUAUCUGCGUCAUCUUCCUCCUCCUCCUCCUGGAGCUCAUCCUCGCUCUCCUCAACGCCUUCCGGCCGGGGUAUCAUGACAAAUGCCUCCACGCACGUGAUCCUGUUCUGGGUAUCGUGGGUCCCGAGUAGCUUGCCAGCCUGCGGUGCCCCUUUGCCACCCCGCGGCUUCAGCUCGUCCUGCGACAGCUCCCACAGCCUGAGCUUCCCGUCGCUGCUGGCAGCCACGACGAACCACACGCCCGGGGCGUCAUCCGACCGCAUGAUCUUGAAGUCCUUGACCCUGCCCGUGACGCCAGCAGCCUUGCCCCCGACCUCUGCGAGCAGCCUCGCCCGCGGCAGGGGCGCGGCCUUGCCCUCGGCGGCCCCUGGCUGUUCCAGGUCCUCGACCCUGGUCGAGAAGAACAGCAGCCUGCCGUCCUCGGUCGACACGGCAAAGACCGUGUCCUCCGAGUCGCCGCCCAGCCUGACGUAGUGGAACUCGUGGAUCUUGGUCCUGGCGUCGGGCAUGACCCUGCACCUGACCUUGCUGUCCAUGCCAAAGACCAGCACGUCGCGGUCGAAGCCGACGGCGAACUCGUCGCCCGAGUCCGCGCUGGUGCCCCAGACGACCCUCCUCCCCUCGCCGGUGGAGUGGCGGCCCUCCCCGAUCUCCUGCAGCACGGCCCUGCCGAAGUCGAGGACGCCGGCCUUCUUGCCGGUGACGAGGUUCCACAGGCGCAUGCAGCGCUCGCCCUUGCUGACGCUGAUCAUGACCUUCAUGCUGGGGUGGACGGCGAAGUCGUUGACGCCGCUCGGGGUGCCGCCCAUGGGGGCGGUGUCGCCGCUGGGCCGGCCGGAGACGGCGGGGACGGGGGCCUUGAUGGUGGACAGCAGGCUCCAGUCGCGGACCCUGGUGACGGCGAUGGUGGAGUCCUCGGAGCUGGAGAGCAGCUUGGAGCGGGUGGGGAAGGAGAGGCGGGUGACGGUGCUGGAGUGGUGCAUGAGGGUGCCCAGCUCCCUGUUCUUUGAGUUCUCGAGGAUGGGCCGGCGGGCGAUGGUGGAGAGCAGCUCCUGGUCCGGCGAGGCCUUGGUGGACGGGGGGUGGGCGGACAGGUUGUAGACGUUGAUGCGCUCGUCAGUGCUGCCGGUGGCGAGCAUGACCUUCUGCGACUGGCCCGGGACGGGGGCGCUCGGCGGGGAGAGGGCGAGGCAUCGGAUGGCCGAGGUGUGGGCGUUGAAGAGGAAGGAGUCGGCGAAGCUCGCCUGGGACGAGGGCUGGACGGUGGCCGUGCAGCCGUGGAGCACGCGGUCGUAGGAGCCUGCUAUGAUCUGUAUCGUUACCGGCGACCUCAUGCGUUUGGAUGCUGACUUGUCGGUGCUGGUGUCUGUGGGUUUGGCGGGCUUUGGUGUUUUGGUCUUCUUUGGCGGUUGGCUCUUUGCUUCCGAGGAGCCAUUGCUGGACUUUAUCUUCUUGGUCUGCUGUGGCUUCUGGGCAGGCUCGCUCUCGGCCACCGCUUGGCGCUUCCUCUUGGCCAUUCUGGGUGUAUUUGAGGGUUGAUGACCGUUUUCUGGCGCAAUUCGACUGGCGAGACCAAUGCGAGGAUGGGGUGAAGAUGGGAAGCUCUCGAAGACUCAGACUUUUUAGUGGGUCCACCAAGGCCCGGCAGGCAAAGCAUGAUGAUCUCCGCAGGGGCUGGCCUGCUCCCCUGCUCGCCUGCAAUGAUAGUAAACAGGCAGGUACCUAGGUACAUAGGUACUCAAGUAAGUAGGUACCCAAGUAGACAGACUACCUACUGUGACG